AUGUCGGGAGAAAAGAUCUUCGAGGGCUGUUUUGCCGUCCACAAGCCGCAAGGCAUCACCUCCGCCGAUGUGCUCCGCGAUCUACAGCGCCAUUUCAAUCCCUCAAAGCUCUUCAAGCCAUGGCUCGACGCCGAGAAAGACUUCCGCAAGAAAGAGAGUACUUUCCAAAAGAAUCGCCGCCGCAACAGGAACAAGAAGAUUGAGGUCAAGAUCGGACAUGGUGGCACCUUGGAUCCCCUCGCGACAGGUGUGCUGAUCGCCGGUGUGGGAAAGGGUACCAAGUCACUGAACGAAUUUCUGGCCUGCACCAAGUCCUACGAGACGGUCGUUCUCUUCGGUGCGGAGACGGAUACGUACGAUCGCCUGGGCAAGAUCGUACGUCGGGCACCGUAUGAGCACAUCACCCGCGAGGCGGUUGAGAAGGCCCUUGACCAGUUCCGGGGAAAGAUCAUGCAGCGCCCACCAAUCUUCUCGGCGCUGCGAAUUGACGGAAAACGAUUGUAUGAGUACGCGCGGGAGGGCAAAAUGCCGCCCGUUGAGAUCAAGUCGCGACCAGUCGAGACUGUCGAAUUGAAGAUUGUCGAGUGGUACGAACCGGGCACUCACGACUACAAGUGGCCUGAACAAGAGAUGACUGGCGAUGAGAAAAUGAUUGCAGAGAAGCUCCUUGACAAGGAGGCUGAGCUGCCGGUUGAAAAUGAAGCCGCAGAUCAGGAGUCAUCCGCAGCCUCCAAGCGCAAGACGCCGCCCCCAGCGGAGUCGCCAGCGCAGGAGGACCAGGAAGUGGCUAAGAAGCAAAAGGUCUCCGAGGACAAUGCCGCACAGGCGAUUGCGCCCGCGUCGGAGACCGAACCGACUACCUCGGAUUCAAAACCGGAGGAUGGCUCUGCUGAGCAGACAGACAAGUCACGCCCCCAGCCGCCGGCCGUCAAGAUUCACAUGACGGUGACCUCGGGUUUCUAUGUUCGAUCACUAGCACAUGACUUGGGCAAGGCCGUUGGAAGCUGCGCUCUGAUGAGUGAGCUUGUUCGGAGCCGCCAAGCCGAGUUUGAGCUGAAACCGGAAAAUGUGCUGGAAUACAAGGACCUGGAACAAGGCGAGGAGGUUUGGGGCCCCAAGGUGCAGAAUUCCUUGAGGACUGGGAGCGCAAGAGAGCGGCUAAGGCCGAGGCCGAGGAGCAAGCAAAAGCCGGGGAGUAAUGUCGAAUGA